UUAUGAGAAACAGUUUAGCUGCAACCUACAACGUAGAAUCAUAUACAGUUUUAUUAAAAGUAGGUGUGUUUCUAUAUUGUGCCGAUUAUUUCUACUGUUGAUCAUAAUGGCUGAAAUUCCGACAGUCAUGUUCUCCAAUGGAUAUAAAAUGCCGAUGUUGGGUCUUGGAACUUACAAAUCCCAAAAUAGAGAGGCAGCAAGAGCUAUUAAAGAAGCAAUAGAUCUUGGAUAUCGACAUAUUGAUACGGCUGCUUUUUAUGCCAAUGAACAAGAGAUCGGGGAAGCUAUUCGUGAAAAAAUCGACGAUGGUACUGUAACCAGAGAAGAGCUAUUUAUUACUACAAAGCUGUGGAAUACAUAUCACAAAGAAGAGCUUGUUGUUCCGGAAUGCAAAAAAUCAUUGGCCAAACUUGGUUUAGAUUAUAUAGAUCUCUAUUUAGUUCAUUGGCCAUUUGCUUUCAAGGAAGGAGAUGAUUUACUACCUACUGAUAAAAAUGGAAAAUUUAUUGAAUCAGAUGUCGAUUAUUUGGAAACAUGGAGAGGAAUGGAAGAAUGCGUUCGCCAAGGAUUAACUCGCAGCAUUGGGAUCAGUAAUUUUAAUUCUGAACAGAUAACCCGUCUACUUGAAUCAGCUAUAAUUCCGCCGGUUAAUAAUCAGAUUGAAAUUAAUAUAAACGUAAAUCAAGAGAAAUUAGUAGAGUUUUGCAAGAAACACAAUAUUACGGUAACUGGUUAUUCUCCUUUGGGACAACCCGGAAAUUCAUCAGGUAUUGGAAACAAAUUAGAUAGUCCUGUGGUGGUGAACAUUGCAAAAAAAUACAAUAAGACUCCGGCACAAGUAGCGCUUCGAUAUGUGUUUCAACACGGAGUUGCACCGAUACCGAAAUCUGUAACUAAAAGUCGAAUUAAAGAUAAUAGAAUUUUUGAUUUUACACUGACAUCCGACGAAAUGAAUGCUAUCCGAAAACUCGGCACUGGAGACAGAGUAGCAGGCUUUGCUAUAGACAUCUUUGUAAAGACCGGUCUUGUUUGUGAGCUGGUUUUUGGUGGGGACGCUUAUACUAUAAAAGAGACCGCAAUCACUGCGCAGCAUCGUUCGGGAUCGGUUGUGUCUGCAAUGGCCUUGAACGCACCCAAGUUAAAGUUCUACAACGGCAACGAGGUACCAGCCUUCGGCUUGGGCACUUGGAAGUCAAAACCAGGUGAAGUUACCCAAGCUGUAAAAGAUGCUAUUGACAUCGGCUAUAGACAUAUUGACUGCGCUCUUGUUUAUGGCAAUGAGAAGGAAGUUGGCCUUGCUAUUCGAGAAAAAAUAGCAGAGGGUGUCGUGAAGAGAGAAGAUCUGUUUAUUACCACUAAACUAUGGAAUACUUACCAUAAACCCGAGCUAGUUGAACCAGCCAUCAAGAAAUCUCUAGCUAAUUUGGAUCUUGAUUACAUAGAUCUUUAUUUAAUCCACUGGCCAGUCGGAUAUAAAGAAGGAGGACCUGAUUUUCCUACAGCUUCUGAUGGUACCAUUAUCUUGAGCGAUGUAGAUUAUGUGGAUACUUGGAAGGCUAUGGAAGCAGUGUUAGCUAAAGGCCUGACGAAAAACAUUGGAAUUAGUAAUUUCAAUUCUGAACAAAUUACCAGAUUACUUAAGAAUGCAUCAGUUAAACCCGUUACAAAUCAGAUUGAAUGUCAUCCAUACUUAACACAGAAGAAAUUGUCAGAUUUCUGCAAAGAAAAGGGCAUUCUCAUUACUGCAUACAGUCCACUCGGAUCACCAGACAGACCAUGGGCCAAACCAGAUGACCCAAUAUUGCUGGCAGAUAAGAAAUUAAUUGAGCUUGGACAGAAGUACAAUAAGACACCUGCGCAAAUACUUCUACGUUAUCAAUUGGAUCGUGGCCAUAUUGUAAUUCCUAAAUCAGUCAACAAGUCACGACUUGCUCAAAACAGUGAGAUAUUCGACUUUAAACUUGCACCUGAUGAUAUUGCAUAUAUUGACAGCUUUGAUUGCAAUGGACGAGUUUGUCCAUUACUGGGGUAAGAUCUCAUUACUAUUUGUUUAUCAUUAUUAGAGGAAGAUAUUUCAUAUCUCUAGAUCGUA